CUUUGACCCAUACUCGUAUUUUCAUCACUCAGGUCAGAAAAUGUUCUGGCAAUAAUGCUGAUCAUUUGAAAGAGUGUUUUAUCCGAGUAGGACACAUUCCUCACUUCCCAGAUCAUCGUUGUGAGUAGGACUGUGCUGGACCCUGCAUGAGACACGGGUAGACGCUUCGAAGCGGUUCAUUCUUGCUUGCGUGAAUCUCGGACUGUAGCAGAGAACAUCCGGACCAUUGAUUGAACAGGAUGGAUCAAGAAUACUCCGCUUCCACCACAGCGGACAUCAACACGGUUGCGGAGUUCAUUUCUUGCGAAGACAUCUCCUCACUGUCGACAUGCGAACCUGCUGACGUCUUGGUAUUCUGCGGCAACUCUAUAUUACCUAUUGCCCACGAGGUGUUUUCGACCUUGGAGAAACGGGGACCCGAGUUGGCCAGAACGGUCGUGAUUUGCGGUGGGAUUGGCCAUUCGACCAAAUUCUUAUACGAAUCAGUGAGGAACAGUACCAAGUACCACUCGUUAUCACCCAAUAUCCAAGGCAUGCCGGAAGCCAGAGUGCUUCAACUUGUGAUGAAACGAUUCUACCCAGGUGUCAAUGACCACGUUCAGAACUCAGUAGGGACUCUGAGGCUUAUCGUCGAGGACGAGUCGACCAAUUGCGGAUCCAAUGCGACAGAAACUCGCAAGGUUCUCGAAGCUCAUGGCGUUUCAAACCCAAAAUCAUUCAUCAUCGUUCAAGAUCCUACCAUGUCGUUACGGACCGUCGCUUCAUUCAAAAGAGCGUACGCCGAUGUUUCACCAUCACCGAUAUUCUCAGCAUGUCCGACAUUUGUCCCUCGAGUGACAGUGGACGAGACGAGCAAACAAUCACAUUUUCAAGUACCGGGGAUUCAAGAAUCAGAGCUUUGGAGUUGGUCGAGAUUCACGGAUUUGUUGUUGGGGGAAGUCCCGCGCCUGAGAGAUGACGAGAACGGUUAUGGUCCCAAAGGUAGACAUUUCAUCGCUCACGUCGACAUCCCGGAUAUGGUCGAGGAUGCGUGGAAAAGACUGGAAGAGACUCUGGGUCAUCUAGCCUCGAGAAAGGUGGCCCCUAGUCAAUAGGGUCGAUGACAGAUAGUCUGUACGUAUCCGGACGAUCCUCUCUGUCGUGAACAAAAACCGACGGUAAAUGUCCAUCAUGGAGAUUGAAGACGAUGACCCGAGGCUAUUUAUUGUCCGUCUUCCCUACUCCGCGAAUGAAUUUGGGAUGCCUUAGUUGCCACUGACUAUGAUAACUCAUAUACCUAUUCCGCGAAUAUUUUGACAACCCGAAAGAAAAGGUCAGAAAACUAGAGGGAACAGAAGAAAGAUGUAAGCAGGCAGGUCAUGAUCAUAUCUCAUUUUCGUC